AUGCAGCUCGAUCACCGCGGCACCAUGGGCCGUCGCAACAUGUUUCCGCUCGUCCAUCAUACCGCCUACACCAUCCACAAGGCCAUCGGAGACACAGUCCCCCUGCUCGGCACCCGCAUCAUUUCAAGGCUCGUCGCUUCAAGACAUCUGUAUCACCUCUGGGAGAAAGCGCAGCUCCUGGUACUCCUGUCUUGUACGAUGCGCCUCAACCGUAUCUACUUCAACAACACCCAGGCUGAGGUUACCGCUGCCAUCGAGCAGCUGAUGCGGGAGAGGUCUGCCUGGCUGGCGCACUGCCUGGCCAAGGUCAGAGCGCUGGACUGUCUCUCUACGAGAGCUUCCACCACCGGACAGAGCAGGCCUCUUGUAGUCGACUACAGCCAGUUCCCGUUCUCUCGGCGGAUGAUCGACAUCCCGAAUGACAAUGUGGGAUACGCUUACGCUCUGGGCAGCACGCGCGACGACUCCGAGUUCUACAUCGGCUCGACCAACCGCCUGCAAGACCGCCUCGCCGAGCACAACAGCGGGCAGGGGCCGCCCUUUACACAGCGGCUGCAUUUGCGCCCCUGGUAUCUUAUCGGGUAUGUGGCGGGGUUUGGCGACUCGGGCGACGUCGACAGCAACAAGGCCUCACGGCGAGACUUCGAAGCCCGCUGGGAUCAUCGCAUGAAGCUCGCCCCGUCGUGUAUCCAUCAGAGGAACAGCUGCGAUUGACGACAUUGUCGCCCACAUGAAUGAUCUCGUCUCGCACUUUCUCGCAAUGAUCUCGUCUCGCACUUUCUCGCGAACGGCGCCAGACCUCAUCAGUGCAGCGGGCUCACGGGCGUGGUAUGUGUCGAGCCAGUGCAAGCGCCCUCUUCCCGUCCAUCCGACUGAGGUUACGAGCUAUGUGUAUGCUUCUUUUGAGGCGUUCUCUAUAGGAUAUCUGCGUAGAGUGCAGAGAGACAUGGUCUGUUUGCCAUUGUGGGACUUUCAGCUAUUGUGACACCAAGCAAAUCAGGGUCUUUGCCCGUGUGAACCAAAUCAAAGC